CUUUCCCUCCCCUGGUCUUACCCACCUGCCCGCCAUGUUCUUCAUCAAAGAACUCACGCACACGAUCCUCCUCCACCCAUCCUACUUCGGCCCGCGGAUGACCCAGUUCCUCGAGUCGAAGCUCUACGCCGAUGUCGAGGGGACAUGCUCGGGCCAGUUCGGAUAUAUCAUCGCCGUCGUCUCCAUCCUCGACAUCGGCCGCGGCAUGGUCCUCAGCGGCAGCGGCCAGGCCGAGUUCGUCACCCGCUACCGCGCUAUCGUGUUCAAGCCGUUCAAGGGUGAGGUCGUCGAUGGAGUCGUCAAUAACGUCAACAAGAUGGGCUUCUUCGCGGAUGUGGGGCCAUUAACGGUGUUCGUGUCGCACCAGCUCAUCCACCCCGACCUCAAAUUUGACCCCAACUCAAAUCCCCCAUCAUUCGCUUCGGACGACCAGAUCAUCGAGAAGAACACGCGUGUACGGGUAAAGCUCGUCGGGACGCGUGUAGACGCUACGGAGAUUUUUGCAAUAGGAACUAUCAAGGAGGACCACCUCGGCGUCAUUGACUAAACUUGAAUUCAAAACUUUUCCGGGGACUGGGACCGGGAAACCACUACUCACGCUUUCAUGUACUUGCUAUGUUGUUACCAUACUAAUGUCGCACUAGUCUAACUCAUCUGCAUCCUCUGGCCCAUGGGUCCUGCAAUAAACAUU